ACUUAGAGUUUGCAACAACGAAUGCUUGACUGCUUUUGACAUUGCUUGAAGACACAUGGCAAUGGAGCAUACGAAACGACAGCAAUUGGCACUCCUAGCAUUGGCUUGCUCGGUUGCGGGAAAAGUUCCACCUGUAAGCACAGAGUUACUCAUACUUAGGCCGGAAGCUCGAGAUAAAGAGUUUCCAUCAUUAGUCCGCUCACGCAAAAACAAGCCGGACAGGGACAUCGUCAAGGAUUACAUCGGUGCCCGUCUGGUGGUGGCAACGCUUGUGGCCACAGUGACUUUCGCAGCUGGUUUUGCAGUUCCCGGAGGAUUUGACAGCUCGGACAAAACCCCCAAAAAUGACUUGGGCAUGGCUACGAUGCUGGACAAGAGAAUGUUCCAGGCUUUCGUGAUUCGCAACACCAUCGCGAUGUUCUGCUCAAUGACUGUGGUCGUCAACCUCAUCUGGGCACGGCUAGUUGACAUCGAAAUUGCGGUAACUGCAUUCGAGCUCACAACACUGCCGCUAAAAAUUGCACUCUUGGCGAUAUCCACUGCUUUCUUAACUGGUGUGACCUUGACCGUUGGCAAACUCUCUUGGCUUGCCAACACCAUAUUUUAUUUGGGACUCCCUUUCCUCCUCAUUAUCUCAGGUGCUAUAUUGUUAGAGCACCCUCCCGUCUUUAUCACGAUCCAAAACUGUCCUGUCCGUCGUCUGACAUUAUGGCUUAUUCUCGCUUACAUUUAUUUGUGGAGAGUUGAGACGUACAUUUAUGAUGACACGGAAGAUGACAGAAAGGUGAACGAGACCUUCGCUAGUCGGCUUGCGGAUGGUGCUGGUGAAGUGAAGACUGACGACUCGGCAACAGCGAAAUGUGAGUAUGCUCCUUCAAAUCACUGA